ACCGUCGGUCCAUCAUACAUACCGAUCGCCAUUACCUCCAUCCGUCCAUCCACGUUGCCUAGUUCAGCUGCCGGAGAGGGAUCAAUAGAAUGGGACGUCCGUCGUCCGGCGGCGUGGUGCAGCCCAAGCUCCGCAAGGGGCUGUGGUCGCCCGAGGAGGACGAGAAGCUCUACAACCACAUCAUCCGGCACGGCGUCGGCUGCUGGAGCUCCGUCCCCAGGCUGGCCGGGCUGAACCGCUGCGGCAAGAGCUGCCGCCUCCGGUGGAUCAACUACCUCCGCCCCGACCUCAAGCACGGCUGCUUCUCGCAGCAGGAGGAAGACCACAUCGUCGCGCUCCACCAGAUCAUCGGCAACAGGUGGUCACAGAUCGCGUCGCACCUGCCGGGCCGGACGGACAACGAAAUCAAGAACUUCUGGAACAGCUGCAUCAAGAAGAAGCUCCGGCAGCAGGGCAUCGACCCGGCCACGCACAAGCCCAUGGGCACCGCCGACAUGGCCACGGCGGCAUUGCCGGACACAGAAGGGGAAGACAGUAAGCCCCAUACCGCGGCGGCCGACGGCAGCCUCGCUCCGAAGCAGUCGGCGGUGUUUGACCCGUUCCCGGUGUGCGCCGACUACGGCGCCGGGUUCGCCGACGACCUCGGCGCGGCCAACGCGGCGGCAUUGUACGGCCAGUUAUGCGGUGGAAAGGAGGGCGCGGACGAAGACGCCGGGUUCGGCGCCGCGGACUACAGCUGCGUGCUGGACGUCCCGGAAAACCUGGGCUACGGGGAGAGCUCCAGCAACAGCAGCAACCGGAGCUACGGCGGUGAGGUGGGCAGCAUGCUCGACGGCGAGGUGGGAAGCGUGCUCGAUGGCGAGGUGCUGUACUUGGCCAAGGCGGAGCCGGCCUUCGCGGAGAUGGAGCGGCAGCACGACGUGCUGCUGGAGUAUGAGUUCUCGCUGCCCUGCCAAGAGCAGAGCCUCCUAGCAAAUUUCGAGUUCAACUUGGAACACUACUUCUGAUUUUUUUUCCUUUUCAUUUUAAAAGUAUAUUUUCUUUCUUUCUCCCUCCAUUUUUUAAGAGACAGGGAUCACACCAUAAAGUCGCAAGUUAGUGCUACUUGAGGACAUCCAUAGCAUCAUUUCCAAUUUUAUAGGCGAGUUAGCUUACUUCAUCUUGCAUGCUGAACAAAUUAGCUACUUUCAGUUUUUUUUAAGGGUAGCUACUUGCAGUUAAUUGUAUUUUAUGAGCAAAUUACACAGAUGUACACACUUCUAGGGCAGUUGCGCAUCAUAGCCAAGAAGCCAAAUCGCGUGAAUUUGUUUAAUAUAUUGACCCUCGAUUAUUUUUGUGCAUGCACAUGGAUUCUAUC